AUGUUGUCUUCUCUGUCCGCCCUCGGUGCAGCCGCACUGCUGUCAAUAGCCCCUUUUGUCAGCGGUCUCCCCGUGGAGAAGCGUGUUGUAUCUGGUGCCGUCAUAUCCUCAAACUUCCCCGAUCCCUCCAUCAUCAAAGUCGGCAGCACCUGGUACUCGUUCGCCACAAAUAACGCCGACGGUGCUGGCAGCACCCACGUCCAGAUCGCCAAAUCAUCCGACUUCAAUUCCUGGACUUUAUUGGGCAAGGAUGCUCUUCCCAACUUGCCUGGCUGGGUCAACGCUGCAAACCCGGCCGUGUGGGCCCCCGAUGUCAUCCAGAAUGACGCCGGAAAGUUCGUCAUGUACUUUGCUGCCUCGCGCAACGGCCAAUUCCACUGCACUGGCGUCGCAACCUCAGACACGAUUGAGGGUCCUUACUCGGCCCAGUCUGACCCAUGGGUCUGCCCGCUCGACCAAGGUGGCGCCAUCGAUGCUUCCGGCUUCCUCGACUCUGAUGGCUCCCGCUACGUCACCUACAAGAUUGAUGGAAACGCCCUCGGCAACGGUGGCACUUGUGGCAACACCGUGGCUCCAAUCCACUCGACGCCCAUCAUGCAGCAAAAGGUGGGCAGCAACGGCAUCGACAAGAUUGGCAGCCCCUAUCAAGUGCUCGACCGCAGCGACGCGGACGGCCCGCUCGUCGAGGCUCCCAGCAUCGCCAAGCUUCCCGAUGGCCGGUAUGUCAUGUUCUUCAGCUCGAACUGCUUCUAUUCGAUCAACUACGACGUGACGUACGCCAUCGCAGACAAGGUUUCUGGCCCGUACACCAAAUACGGCCCGCUUUUCGUCUCGCAGGGAACGCAUGGCUUCUGGUCGCCCGGCGGCGCCAGCAUUGCCGGCGACGCCAAGCACCUCGUUUUCCACUCGUACAACCCCGGCGGUUCCUCGACCCGCUCCAUGUACACGGCGACGCUGACCUGGAGCGGCAACUUCGCGAACGCCGAGGCCUAA